GCCCUACAGCUUCGGCGGCCAUUUGUUCAGCACUAGGCUUUACGAGGUGGUCGGCGUCCGGGUUAGGCGAAUAGGGGUAGAGGCGGCGGCGGCGGCGGCGGCGGCGGCGCGGCGCAGUGCGGCGCUAUCGAGCGGCAGGCGGGCGGGGGCUAGUGGCGCGGGACGGGUGGUAGAAGCGGCGAGGGGCGGGCGGGCGCGGCACGCGGCAGUGUGCUCGGAGCCCCCGGGAGCGCGGCAUGGGUGGCGCGCUGCUGCUGGCGCUGCUGGCGGCGGCGCGGGCCAGCGAGCCCAACGCCACCGAGGCGCUCGACCCUUCACCCUCGCCGCCCCCAGACGACAAACCCGCGCCGCUCUUCCCCGUCGAUCUCUUCUCGGAUGACGAGCGGCGGUCGGGCGCCGUCCUCCUCCACGUGAUCGGCAUGGGCUACAUGUUCGUCGCUCUCGCUAUAGUAUGCGAUGAGUUCUUUGUGCCCUCGCUGGACGUUAUCAUAGAACGGCUCGCGAUCCGCGACGACGUCGCCGGCGCCACGUUCAUGGCGGCGGGCGGCUCCGCACCGGAGUUGUUCACCUCUAUAAUAGGGGUGUUUGUAUCGUUCGACGACGUAGGGAUCGGUACUAUCGUCGGCUCGGCUGUCUUCAAUAUCCUGUUCGUGAUCGGUGCGUGCGCGCUGUUCUCGCGCACGACUCUAACACUGACUUGGUGGCCGUUGUUUCGCGACUGUACAUUUUAUUCGAUCAGUCUAAUAGUGUUGAUAUACUGUUUUCAAGACAGCCUGAUCUACUGGCAGGAAGCUUUGGUGCUGUUCUCGUUGUAUGGCGCAUACGUGAUGUUCAUGAGGUGGAACCAGCCCGUGGAGCGGACGGUGAAGAAGCUCAUCUACAAGAAUAAGGUGACCAGAGUCCGCAGCACUGACCAGUUGAUGCCGACGGUGAGCUCGCCCGCAGAUGCCUCGCAUGCCCCUAAAACAAAGCGAACAGAUGCGAUUUGGGUCGAUUUCGCACCUUUUGUAUUAUAUUACAAAUUUUACUUACGUUACUUACGAAAUGUUAUAAGAUUACUCGGAAAAUUUAUCAGUGUUUCGAUCGCUUACAAUAAAGCAAUCACUUUGCAUCUAUUCAUUUUGUAUUCCUAUACCUCUUACGCGUAUGUGUAG